AUGUUGAACAUGUUUGAUGAAUUUCAGGAGCCUGACGAUGCCCGGGCACUAUACGAGGAGUUCAAGCUGAAGUACAAGAAGACCUAUUCAAAUGAUGAUGAUGAGCUUCGAUUUAGAAUUUUCAAAGACAACUUGGAGCGCGCCAAGAGACUGCAGGCAAUGGAACAAGGGACAGCGGAGUAUGGUGUAACGCAAUUUUCCGACCUGACCAGUGAGGAGUUCAAGACGCGGUAUUUGAGGAUGCGAUUUGAUGAGCCGAUUGUCAAUGAGGAUCCCACCCCACAAGAAGAUGUGACGAUGGAUAACAGCAAUUUUGAUUGGCGAGAUCAUGGUGCAGUCGGACCAGUAUUGGACCAAGGAGAUUGUGGUUCGUGCUGGGCAUUUUCUGUGAUUGGGAAUGUCGAGGGUCAGUGGUUCCGUAAGACUGGGGAUCUACUAGGUCUCAGUGAACAGCAACUUAUUGAUUGCGACCAUUCCGAUCAGGGAUGUGAUGGCGGUUAUCCCCCACAGACUUACAGUGCAAUUGAAGAGAUGGGCGGGUUGGAGCUCCGAUCGGAUUACCCGUACACAGGAAAGGACGGAAUAUGUUAUAUGGACCAAUCGAAGUUCGUAGCCUAUGUGAACGGUUCAACUCGCUUGCCAUGGUGCGAAAAGACACAGGCGAAAUCAUUGAAGGAAAUCGGUCCACUUUCUUCU